ACUCAGUUUACUCAAUACGCUUCUGCUAAAACCGUUAUUUUCCGGAGUGAUCGUUGAAUAUAGAACUAUCUUUUAAAUUAUAAUUUUGUAAUAGUGAAAAUUAGACAAUGAGAUUUGUAGAAAAAAGACAAUUAAUAAGUAAAAAGUGAUAAAAUGAGAAGAAUAAUAAAAAUAUUGAUCACAUUUAUUUUCAUUACAACAGGUUCCCUGUUCCUUUUUCUUGUAGAAAACCGUGUACGCGUACAGAUGAAGAAUAAAGCAGAGAGGACUCCAGCGCAAGAGCGCACCGUUCUUCAAGUUGAGAAAUUAACCAAGUUUACAUCAAGUGAAGUUGAAAUCAACAAGAGCAUUUUUUUCCUAGAAACAGGCGGACUCAAGUUUAUUACGACCAGGCAGGCGUGUGUUGUCGAAUCUGCCUUAUUACAUCAUCCUGAUGUUAGAGUUUUUCUUCUAAUUACUGGUGGAAAUUCUUCAAGUAUAAAUGAUCUGCGUGAAGAUAUUAAUUUAAGAAGUCUGUUAUCCUACCCUAAUUUCAAGAUCCGAUAUAUUGACAAUGUAGCUAUUUUCAAAAAAAGUCCCCUUUGGGAUUGGUUUGUGUAUUCCGACUGGCAGGCACAAAAACAGAGAUCUCACAUUUUAAGAUUUGCUCUGGGAUUGAUAUUUCUUUUUGAUUACGGCGGAGUAGUUUUAUCCUUCAGUGUGCUCACUGUGCAGCGCAUUCCUUUUAAUUUUAUUGGGGAAUGUGAGGAUGAUGUACUGACAACAGAUAUUUUGAGUUUUCCACAGAAAAACCAGUUUCUUCAAUAUGUACUGGAUGAUGUACAAAUGCAGUUCAGAGAAAAACUAUUUUCUGAGAGAAGUCUAACCAAUUAUAUCUACUCUUUCUGCAAGGUUGAGUCCCUACGAGAGCUAGAAUUUCAAGAAUGCAGGUUCCUUGAGGCGCGUUUACUGCAUCCUGAGGUCCUCUGUCCGAUAGAAAAAGAAAAACAUUGGGUUCUCUUUGAUGAAAACAGCUUGUUGUGUAGAUAUGAGCUUGCUAAAGCAAAGUUUGAAUCCAAGGAAGUUAAAGGAAUACAUUUGUGGCUUGAACUUUCAGCUGGAUUUAAGGAAUGGGGUUCCCCAACAUUUAAAUCAGCAAUUUAUAAAUUAGGAAAUCAACACUGUCCUGCUGUAUUCUCCAGUGCUACCAGAACAUUAUAGCAAACUAUUAAUUAAAUAAAACACAGAAAUUGUUCCUAA